AUGUCUGCGGCCAACAACAACAGCCAGAAGAAGGGUUUGAGCAACUUGAAGGUGGAGCUUCUCAAUGAACAGAAGCAGGAGAUUCGAGAGGCGUUUUCGUUGUUUGAUAUGAAUAAUGAUGGAAUGCUCGACUACCACGAGUUAAAGGUUGCACUUCGGGCUUUGGGCUUUGACUUAUCCAAGAGAGAGGUAUUGGAAAUCAUCCACGAGUACGACACAGAUGACCGGAACUUGAUAUCAUACGAGAAUUUCUUCCAUGCUGUGGGAGAAAAGAUCGUCAACAGAGAUCCUAUGGAGGAGAUUCGGAGAGCAUUCAAGUUGUUUGACGACGAUAACACGGGGAAGAUCAGUUUCAGAAACUUGAAGCGAGUUGCACGAGAAUUAGGCGAGAACUUGUCAGACGAGGAGCUAAGAGCCAUGAUCGAUGAGUUCGAUUUGGACGAAGAUGGAGAAAGUACGUAUCUUCCUUUUUAUUAUGGAGUCUUUAUUUUUAUUGUACUUCCCACCUAA